UCGGUCUUUUACCUCUCCCGUGCUGGUAGGGUGGCUGGCCUGUUUUCUGUCUCUGAAAGAUUUAACACCGAAACAGCAAAAUGAUCAUCUACAAGUGCGUCAUCAGUGGUGAUGAGAUGUUCUCAGACGCCUUUAAAAUCAAAGAAACUAAAAGUGGCUUCUUCUAUGAAGUUGAAGGAAAGACUGUCUCCAGGUCAGACGACAUUGAUGAUGCUUUAAUUGGGGCCAACGCCUCUGCUGAAGAGGCAAUCGAGUCCACAGAGUCGAGCUCUGUAAGUGGCGUGGACAUCAUCCUCAACCACAAACUACAGGAGACGGCCUUCGACAAGAAGCAGUACUUGACAUACAUUAAGGAAUAUGUGAAGGUGAUUAAGGCCAAGCUGGAAGAGUCCAAUCCAGAGAGAGUGGAGGCCUUCACGGUUGGCAUGACAGCUGAAGUUAAGAAGAUUGUGGGAAACAUCAAGAACUACCAGUUCUUCACAGGAGAGUCCAUGAACCCAGAGGGCAUGGUUGGACUGCUGGAUUACCGUGAGGAUGGCAUCACACCAUUCAUGCUUUUCUUCAAAGAUGGCCUGUUGGUUGAGAAAUUUUAACUACCUGGAACUUCAUCUGCUUUUCAACUAGCUGCUGUCUUCCAGACGGCCCCAGGAGCAGACCGAGGAGCACUAUUUUGCAUCAUGCCUGAACAAAAACAUUCUUGUACAAUUUCUUAUAUAUUCACAUUAUGGCCCACAGUACAAGUCCCCCCAGACUGGGUGAUUGAAAACAUGACUGGUCAGUUUUUAACAAUUUCUUUUUGGCUUUUGCAGUGUUGGACAGUGAGCAAAGAUCUGACUCUACCUGAAAGUAAAAGAAUUUUCUUCUGUCUGCGUACUGUUUUAGCAAUGAUCCAUACAGUUUCAACCUCCUCAUACCUCUGUGUUUAUGGCUGCAUUAGAUUCCAUCCACAAUGGAAGACUGACUUUCAAAAUAAAAUCUAGACCCACCACUCUUGA